AUGUUGGCAACACAGUCUAAGCUAGCUUAUCAUUUAAACAAGUAUUACACGGAACGUACAAUGUCAAGGAAGUCUAUGCUGGCGAGUCGAGUGUUUGAAGUUGGCAAAACAAUCACGGAUAUACUGAAAGAAGUGGAAACGCAAGAACCACGAUUUAUAAGCACACUGAACGAAGUUGAUGGUCGUCUCGAUGGUCUGGACGUGAUAUCGCCAACAGAAUUUCAAGUUGCGUUUUACCUUAACCAAAUGGGAGUGUUCAACUUUGUGGACGAUGGUUCUAUUCCCGGGUGUGCCGUGCUGAAACUCAGCGAUGGGAGAAAACGUAGCAUGUCUCUAUGGGUGGAAUUUAUUACCGCGUCAGGGUACCUUUCGGCUCGCAAAGUUCGGGCUCGUUUCCAUACUCUGGUCGGACAAGCGAUAGACAGGUGCAAUUACAGAUCUUGCGUCAAACUUAUGACUGAUAGUACUGACGUCAUACUACUCAUACGUGACGUAUAUACGGUUCGAGUCAUCCCAGCUUUCAAGUGCACGGGGAUCUGGCCUCGAAGCGCAUCACAUUGGCCUGAUCCUAAGGUACAAUGGCCUAUGGUGAAUAAAGUAGCCGAAGUUAAGUCGAACGGCUUCAAUCUUCUAUCAAUGCAAAUUCCGAUGUCCGUGGAGCGGCACAGUAACGCUGAAAGCGAUGCUUGGGUUAUGUCGUUCACACAUUCAGAAGAAGUUUUGAUAUCGGGCGGCUGCCGAAGGAGAUGUCUAUCUAUACUGAAGACACUGAGAGACAGGCACCUGGACUUCGCGGGGAAAAGUCUGAACAACUACCAUAUGAAAACUCUUGUACUAUAUGAAUGCGAAAAACACCCACGAGAGGAAGAAUGGAUAGAAGUCUGCAUUGGAGAUAGACUUUUGGGAAUAUUAAUACAAUUUAUAUCUUGCCUACAAUGUCGACGAUUUCCGCAUUACUUCCUACCCGGAGUUGACCUUUUAGCGGGGUCAAACCCUGCCAUUUUAGAGACUGCGGCACGAACAGUAUGGCGUUUAGCGCGAGAAGUUAUCACAAAUGGAACGAAUUUGGACAGUUUGUGACGUAAUAGGUUGAUGGCGUAUUGAUGAUGUUGUAACUAUGAUGUGAGAUUGCAAAAUAUUCCGUCAUUUGAUCCGCGGCGCAAUUUUGACAGUGUGUGACGUCAUGGCGCUUCAUAUAACAAUCAUACUGUGAAAUAGGAAACUAUCCCGCAAUGUGAGGGUGGGAUUUUGAACAAUGUGUAUGACGUCAUAACCGGAUGACGUAAUGAUGCUUUAUAUAUCUACAAUACUGUGAGAAUGCAAAAUAUUCCGCCAUAUGAGGAGAGUCGCGAUUUUAAACAAUGUGUGACGUCAUUAGAACAUUACGUACUAGUGAUUCAUAUGACGUUUUGCAUGGUUAUAAAUCACUAAUGGAACAAAUUUGUACAGUCUGUGAUGUCAUAUGAUAUGACGUUACUUAUCUAAAUCUCUGUAAUGCAGAUUUCUAAAAUAGCGUAUAUUGCUAAUAUUGUUCAUCUUUCAAAAUCACUACUAAUAUUCUGUAUAAUAAGUAGCGUUUGAAAAUGUUUCAUUCAGUAUUUUUAGUAAAUAUGGUCGAUCAACUUGUACCAAUGUCAUUUUUUUAUUCUUUUUAUCUUUCAACUAUUUAUCUAUAUUUUGAAAUCUUCGAAAGUUCAAGUAUGUUCUCCUAUAGUUACCACGUGAAAUAAUUACAUUACUAGUAGUAUAUAGAUACAGUUUAAAUUGACACAACAAAUAGACUAUUAUAAAGGUAAUAAAGUUAU